AUGGCCCUCAACACCAAUGCGAGCGGAAGCUCCGCUUCCAAUCCGAUUGGCAAACUCCAGGCCGGACCCGAUGCGCUGCGCAAGGAGGCAGAGUCCUCGGCCGAGUUUGAGAAGCUGCAGGAAGACGCCAAAAUCAGGAGAUUGCAGCAAUUGGCAAGCUCCGACCCAUUUCUCCUGGCCGACCAAAACUCUCAGCCCAUGACUAUCAACCGAUUGCAAGUUCACGGCGCUACCAACACCCGAAGAGGAUUCCUCGACCCCAUCUUCACGCCACUCCUGGCCGAGGACGUCAAUAGCUCCUCCACCCUCGGCGAAGUAGCAGCGCGAUUGGGAGACGCUAGAGGAAAGUUGGAGAGACUCGGCAUCUUCCACCCCGAUGUCAAGGUCCACCUGAGCAAUGCCAACAAUACCGAUGCCUCGUCUACCCCCACCGACGUUGACGUCGAUGUAGUCGUCAAGGAGCUAUCCCGCUACAAGUUCAACGCCGGAACCGACGUCGGAAAUAGCGAAGGCUCCGCUUAUACAUCUUUGCUUUGGCGCAAUAUUUUUGGCGGUGCCGAGCAGCUCACCGUCAAUGCCAGUGCUGGCACUAGAACCCGUUCCGCAUACAGUGCGACGCUGAGCGCUCCGGUCCAAAGCAACCCCGAUACGAGAAUCGCACUGGAGGGUCUGGCUUCGGCUACCGACAAAUCAUGGGCGGCUCACGAGGAGGUCCUGAAGGGAGGAAACCUGCGCUUUUCAUGGCUUUCUGGUUCCAAGGAUAUGCACACAGUCGAAUACUCGGGCAUCUGGCGUCAAAUCACUGGCCUCCGCGACAGUGCCAGUCCCACUGUCCGCGCUGAUGCCGGUGACUCCGUGAAGAGCUCCAUCAAGCACACAUACCAGAGAGACGAGAGAGACAACCCGCAGCUGCCACAAAGCGGUUACGUGCUGAAGUCAGUCUUUGAGCUGGCCGGUCUCGGGCCACUCGGUGGUGACGUUGCUUUUUCUAAGAACGAAUGGGAGGUGGGCGGUGCGCUGCCCGUUCCUGUUCCCGGCGUGGAGGGGCCAUCUGGUAUCUCGAUCGGCGGAGGCUUCAGAUUCGGCAUGCUAUACCCGCUUCCUCUAGGCUUUUCUUCCGACGGUAAGGCUCAGCCGAGCCGCAUCAACGAUAGAUUCCAGCUUGGCGGUCCCACCGACGUCCGUGGUUUCCACUACGGUGGUCUCGGGCCCCACGACGGAUCGGACUCGGUUGGAGGAGAUGUCUUUGCAGCUGGCAGCGUGAACAUGCUGUUCCCUCUGCCUUACAAGGGCCCCGACUCCUCCCUUCGCUUCCAAGUCUUUGCCAACGGAGGCAGAUUAGUCGCGAUGAAGAACAAGGGCAAGGCCGGUGCUUCCCCUACCGAGGGUCUCGACGCUAGAAGUGUUGCAGGCAGCGCAUGGAGAGCGUUGAAUGAUCUGACGACUGGCCUGCCGUCAACGGCCGCCGGUGUCGGUUUGGUCUACGCCCACCCUGUCGCUCGUUUCGAGCUCAACUUCAGCCUCCCAUUGGUGCUUAGACGCGGCGAGCAGGGUACCAAGGGACUGCAGGUCGGGGUCGGCAUCAACUUUUUGUAA